AUGAAUGUAGGAUCAAUCUUGAAUGAUGAGCCUUCUCCAUCAAAAAAGACAACGAAUGAUGAUUCUGGCGAUUCAGUAAGGCCAGAUAUGUCGACUUACCAGAGACAUUCACUAGUUAAUUUACUAAAUGACCCAGCCCCAAAUAAUGAACUUAAGACAAAGGAAACGAAAAAGGAUUGGUCUGAAGAUGAACAUUCAAAUUUCAGAGUGCCUGUUACUGAACCAAAUCAGCAAUUGUCCCCAGUUUUGAGACGUAGUUCAAUUGCGGAUAUAACGAAUGAGAAAGAUGUUGAUAUUUCAAGCAGUACGGAACACCCCAUAGAGCAAGACAAAUCAGAAAAAGAUGAAGAUGAAUUGACCAGAAUAAGCAAACUAAAAUCUACAAACAAACCAAGACGAUAUACAGAACCUCCAAUAUGGGCCCAAGAAUGGAUACCAACAUCGUACCAAGGCACUGCCAACGGGACGCCUGUUGUAAAUGCACAAGAAUCGAGCUUAUCGUCUAAGCGGGUGUUCGAUAGAAGCCUGACAGUCAAUGUUGACUUGGAAUGUUCAAUAACAGGCGUGAUUCCUCCUCCAUCAGUUACUAGAACUAUAGCAGAAUGGAUUUAUGCAAACUUUACCGAAAUCCCUGAUGACCAAAGAAAAUAUGUGGAAUUAGAAUUAAAGUUUGGAACGAUAAUUGAUAAAAGAGCAGGCCAUAGAAUUGAUAUUAAUGUAUCCACUGAAUGUAUCUUCACUGACAAUUCUAAUACCUAUUUUGAUAUGGGAGUUCAUGAAGUUGGUUGGAAUGAUAUGUGCAAAUUUUUGGACGAUUUGGAAAAAUCUUACCAAGAUGAAUUGAGAAGAUCACCCCAGGCAAAUAGCAAUAGUCCAAAGAGGAAAUUUAAUAUAUUGGAAAGUGACAUAACUGACAAUUUUUAUCAGAUUACCAGUAGAAAUGAACAACCGAAAUCAAUUCGUAUAUCGAAGGACAACUUAUUGGACCCUCCUCGUUACACAGCUAUAAAUAAACAAAGACUUUCUAGUUUAUUUAUUCACAAUCCUUCUUCAAUGUAUGAUUUAAGAUUAUCAUUGUCAUACGAAAACCCUAUUGCUGACAAUAAUAUCGAUGGCAUUAUAAAAAAAAACCAGCCUACGUUGACCAGAAUUAAGAAGCGUAAUUCUUGGACUCACAGACCUACUGUAACCAGGUUUGAUAUGACAAGAGUAUUACUGCCACGAGAACUGAAAAACAAGAGUGGUAAAAAAAUCGUGGAACAAGAUCAGUCGUUUGAGGUUGAAUUAGAAGUUGAUACGUUGGAAUUAUUUAACGGAUUUGAUAAAUUUAAAAGCGGAGCAGAUUCGAUUAGAUUUGAAGAAUUAGUGGAAAUAUUUGUAAAUAAUGCUAGAUGUUUAAAUAAUAGAGUCACAAAGCUAGCUAACAAGUAA